AUUUACUGUUGUGCUGUGCGGUCUGCUAUUGUGUUUUUUUUUUUUUUUUGAUUUGCUGUUGUGCUGUGCGAUUUGCUGGUGUGUUUUGCACUUCAGGGCCACCAACAUUACUGCUGCUCACCUUCUAGCCAAUCAGAGGCCAAAAGGGCGGAACCUUCCCGUCGCUGUCCACGAAGGGGCGUUCGGGUUUAGCGUUGGGAUUGCGGACUUUUGGGCACAGCUGGCAGCAAAUGUGAAAAUUUGGCGAUUUUGAAUAAAAAAUAAUCUAAAUCUGGUGAUGUUAAAAGGAAAUUACUUCAUAGUACAAAUCGCUGGAUAAAUAUAACCAUUUAAUUAUUUUUUUUCAUUUUACAUUUUUCUUUCCAUGACAGGUGAGACACAGCGUCACCUGACCGCACGUCACUGGAACACACAUACCACCUCCCCAGAAAAACAACAACAGACAAACAAAUAAAUCCAACCUUCCAGAGAACAAACAGGAUGUCAUUCCUUUUCCCAUCACAUACAAAUUAGACGUGAUCCCCUCAUUAAGUGAGGUGAACGUAUAGCGAAUAGCAGCUUCUGGUGAGGGUUUUUUUUGUUUUGUUUUUUUUUCUUAAAGCUGACAACUCCGGGAUCGUGCGUGAGGGAGGCUCGUGCGUGAGCAAACAUGUUUUGUGCUUUGUGCGCGGCGCAUAAAUGUCCAUGUGCUCGUAUGUGCGUGAUAAUAUGGGUCCGCACUUCGUACGAACAGCAGCAGCAGCAUUCGAGAGACAGGCGGAGGAUCUUAUUUCGUCCUGAAUCGAACAGACAGCUGCAAACAUGGUCCUCUGUGGACUGAGGCUGCCACGUAUUUUGGGGCCCAACGUGUAUCCAGAGGCCCCUGAUGGAGGCUGGGGGUGGGUAGUGGCUGUGGCCUUUUUCGUCGUCGAAAUUUGCACCUACGGCUUCAUCAAGAGCUUCGGUAUCUUUCUGGAAGACCUAAUGACGCAGUUUGGAGAGACCAACAGUCGAGUCUCCUGGGUUGUCUCCAUCUCUGUGUUUGUCAUGACUGUGCUUGCUCCUCUCUCAUCAGUGUUGACUAGCCGCUGUGGAUUCCAACCUGUUGUUAUGGUCGGAGGACUACUUAUUGCCACGGGUACUAUUACCACAGGCUUUACCAGCUCAGUCAAUCAGAUGUACGUCACCACUGGAAUAGUUGCAGGUUUGGGCUACUGUUUGACGUUUCUGCCCACAGUGACCAUCCUGUCCCAGUAUUUUACCCGUAGAAGGUCUCUGGCCAUAGCUUUAGCUUCCACCGGGGAGUCCCUGUCCAUGUUUGCCCUGGCACCUGCCUUUGCUGCACUGAGGGACCAUAUCGGCUGGCGGUGCACGAUGGCAGUGAUGGGAGCUUUGCAAGGCAGCAUCAUCAUCUUUGGAGCUAUGCUUCGGCCCAUCAUCAUCAAACCUAAAGCCAACGCCGAAACUGACCCAAUGUCCCCAAAGGAACUGGAAGCCCUCAGUCCACAGGAGAACCUAGAGGGCGUCAACAGUGGCGGUUCUGUUACUGAUAAACCCUCCUUUGCACAAAAUACCUCCUGUAGUCAGGACAAUGAGCUAACCACUGGAGACUCUGGCAUUCAGUUCAUCAAGGACAGCCAACAGAAAUGGACAGAAGGCAGUAAGGAGCCUGAAACAGUUGGUGUAAAUCCACCCAGGAAGAAUUAUAGACUUCUAGACUUCUCCAUCCUCAAAGAGUGCAGCUUCAUCUUCUAUUCACUCUUUGGACUCUUUGCCACGCUUGGUUUCUUCGCUCCACAACUCUACAUCAUUAAGCUGAGCGUGAGUCGGGGUGUUGCGCGUGAACAAGCCACAUAUAUGCUCUCUAUCAUGGCAGUAGCUGAAAUCGUGGGCCGCUUUGCUAUUGGAUGGAUCCUGAGUCGGGACCGGCUCUGGAACAAGAAGCUUCUGGUGCUCCUGGGAUGUGUGAUUACAAUGACGGCAGAUCUUGUGGGGUUUACUCUGGUGAAGGAGUUCUACAGUCUUGCUGUAUGUUGUGCAUUGUAUGGUUUUUUUAUGGGAACUCUGUCGUGCACGCACAUCCCCUUGCUGGCUGAGGAUGACGUGGUGGGUAUCGAAAGGAUGUCUUCAGCUGCCGGUGUCUACGUGUUCAUACAGAGUUUUGCUGGGCUGGCCGGUCCCCCUCUGGGAGGUGUGCUGGUGGAUGUGACUCAGAACUAUGGAUCGGCCUUCUAUUCCUGUGCAGCUGGCAUGGCUCUGAGUGCUGUGUUUCUGAGUUUGGUAAAACCUACUAAAACAGGAUUAAUCUGUAAGAGGAGGAACUCAAAAAAACCUGAAGACACUUCUGAUGAGAAGACGUAUUCUGCAGAACAGACCGGAGUGCGUGAUCCAGAAAACAGAAGUGCCAGUCCAUGGGAUUUGCCAAACCACAACUCUGAGGAGACCACAGCAAACGGCCAAGAAGUCACGCAGUUUGCUUGAAUGUUGGGGAAAACUUACGUUUUUUGAAGGGUCCAGUUGUACCGCUUAAGAUGAAUGGAGAGGAGAGAAAUGACUAAUGCCAGCUGCACUGUCAACAUUUAGGGCCAUUUACUGUACUGUACAACAUUUACUGUAGAUCCCAGUACCUCUAUUCAUUCAGGAAUCUGGAUGUGAAGUCCAACCCAAAGGCUGAAACAGCUGCAGCGUUGUCAGUCAGCAAUCUUCAUACAUACCAUACUGUAGAAUUCCAGUAUUUUAUGGUAUGUUUGCCUGCUGUGUGUAAAAUCGAGUCACCAGGAAACCUGUCACUUACCAGUAUUUCCUCUCAAUAACAAUUAACCAGAAGGUAACACACUCUGAUUUAAAUGCAGAUGCUGAUUUUGAUGCAGAUGAUGUACAAUUUUGCAGUGAUAAUUUAAAGGGAACAUCCCACUAGUCCAAAGGUUCAAGUCAAUAAAUGAAUUUAUUAUAUGGCUGUGACGCUACGUGCACUCUGACUGGCCGAUAUUUUCCUAUAUUGAACCGGUUAGCAUAACAAUUUGUCCACAAUGCGUAUUUUUGUUACAAACCAGGAAGCUAAAAACACGGCUAGAAAAACCAAGUCAAACAUGAACGUACUCCAUAAAUAUCUAAACUGCUUUGGAAAAAAAAACAGAUUGAAAGCUUACCAGCUAAUGACCGGACCAUCUGUUAGCAAGUUCUUCACGGCAGUGAAGAAAGCAAACAAGCUCAACAUCAGCAGCGUAUUCAGGCGAGACUGUAAAUUUGCGUGUUUAUAAUAAAUGAAUGAUUAACCUUGCUUGCUCAGUCUGUACAGGCAUGUCAGACAUCAGUGUUUUUUUGCACGGACCUCGCUUACGCUCUGUCCAUACUGUCAACACCUCGGUCUGAUAUUUCACAGUACAGACCUCUCACUCAGUUCAUAAUCUUUUUUAUAUUUUGAUGCCAAGUUUCAGUAGGCUGCGCUACUAGCUGUAUACUUCUAUGUGCUUUUCAUGUCAACUAAAAAGCCGUUUUUCAUCUGUAAUGUGAGAGCGAAUGUUACUUAAAAAAAAAAAAAAGUCACUUUGUUUUUAACUUCACUGGUUAUAAAGAUGCACUGUACAACGUAAAUGUCCUAUACACAAUAUUCUGUAAUUAGGACUUUGGCAUUUAAUUGAAAUGGCAAUUAUCCAACCUUCAGGGGUGACUGUGAAACGCCACGUUUGGCUUAAUUUGGAGUAAAUACAUACACAGACUACUGAACCUUCGGACUAGUGAACCCUUCCCAAAUUUAAGGAAUGCCCACAACACACCCAUGAAGAAUGUGUAAACAUAACCCAGCCCCUUGAUGGUGCACAACACCCUGCUUUACGAUGAUGGGCCCCCUGCAAAUAGCAGUGUGAAGGUGGUCACAUCCCCCAAAAGCAUUUACACAAGUUCUGUGUAUUCUGUCAAGAUAAAGCCCUAAAUAUACCACACAUCACAUCACAAUGUUUUUCUACAACUGCUGCUGUUGAUAUCAGAAACUAUGCACUGUAUUUUCUGGACUGUCAUCUUUUCUUUUUACUAGUGUGGAGGUCCUGUGACAUAUUCCAAAACAACUUUGUAUAUGAAAAAAAUACAGCAUUGUUUUCUUUGGCCCCAUCAUGCCACAGUCCACACAUGGCAAGCUGCUCCUGUAUACUGAAUGAAGUACUGUGAUUCACACUCUGGAGCAAAAGGUGGUGAUAGUACAUCAUUAAGUUGAAUGCCAACCACCAUAAAACAAGAAGCAGUUGCUCUGAAUGACAAAACAGUUAUCUGCCGCCUUUGCUUGAGUGAACAAGUGAAAUUAAUUAUGUUCUCAAACUGAAACACCACACUGGAAUAAAAAGAAUAUAACCUUCAUACUACUUGAGAAAAGACUUGUUCAGACUUUUAGAAAAUGAGACUAGCUAGGUCAGCUAGGCUAAGCUAAGGCUAUUUUACAACUACUUUACAAAAAGUUUUGAAAUGUUUUAUUACAUCACAUGUUUACCUCACCUAUGAUAGUCUGUUCAGUGGUGACAAGAGGUAGUUUACUCAAGUUGUACAAUAACACUAAUAAGCCUGUUAGCUUCUACUGACAAACAGUAUUUGCAUUCUAAAUAAAUAAAUGCUUAAAGGACAUGUCACAUAUUUUUAGCAUCCUAGUUAGCAACACAACAUCAAAGUUUUCAUGAUUGUAAGUCUCUCCGCGCACAUGCGCUCAUAAUUUUUUUAUUGCUCUCCCUGAGCGAGGUAACAGGUGCAUUUCCAGAAAAUGUCUCACUCUGCAAUUCUCGGCAUGUGAUGUACAUAUUAGCUAAACAGAAACAUCCCGAUGGCCGACAGAGCGGAAAUAAUGCGGUUAUGUCCAAUAACAAAGCUGAGCUCUUCUUUGAAAGUGAUGGCUCGGAUUUACAGAGGAUAUGAUGCACUUCACCCCAAAACUCUUAACUUUUUCAGAGUCUGUCAGAUUUUGAAACCUAAUUGUCACAGGAUGCUGGUUUACUGCUGCUGUGAACAUGAUGGAUGCGGACUGUCUCCACCAUGCUGUUUUUGCAGACUGCCUGGACAUGCAGAUGUAUGUCUCAUAUUGGAGAAACUCAGACGAAUCUAUUUUCAGGAGAUAAUGGACUCUCUAUCUAAAGUGCCACAAUUGUGACAGAAGUUGAGCUGAAGGCAGAGGUGCGAUCAGACAUUAUGCAUGCGUGUGCAAUCAGACCCUAAGGACAAGUGGACCUGGACAUUAUUCGCUGGCCGGCCAUCUGUACCUGAGGACUAGUGGAACUUGAAGAUGUUCUCUGGCUGUCCAUCUGUGUGAGGACUAGUGGACCUUUAAUCCCUUGGCUGGCGAUUGUGACAGGUGUGUGGGGGUUUCUUUGAUGUGGCAUGUUCGCUUUUUCAUCUUUUACUUUGUGUUCCUUUCAGUGGAGCAUUCAAUGAAAUUCAGUUUUUAUUUUACUGUGGGAAUUUGGAUCUGGAUGUGUGUGCGCAGCAGGCUGUUUUAAUGUGCAGCUCAGCUGUUAAUUGCAGCUUUGUACAUGGACGUGAACUAUUACAGAUUUGAUCAGAUCUGUGAUAUUUCAGGUCCAUGUACAAAGUGGCAAUUAAUAGCUGAGAUGCUGGUUAAAUCAGUGCAGCAGCCGUCAACCCGCAUGUCAGCUGUUUUUAUUGCUGCUUUGUACAUGGAUGUGUAAUGUCUCUGUGACAUUGUUUUUCACAGGCAACGUGACACAGAUACACACGUGUCUAUUUUCACAGUUACAUACAACACUUCUAAGCAUUUGUUUUGAUUUGAACAGGCUGCGUUUAUGACUAAUGGACGCAGGUGCACUAAAUCUUCUCAGGGCUGCUGCUUUUACUGUGACUAUCAAAAUGAACAGUUAUCACUUAAAACGAGUCAUCAUAACACAACAUCAUACUUGUGUACACUUCCAUUCAAGUGCACACUGGGACGCUGUUGUAAACACGAGUACUCACUAGUACUUUGUUUUCGGAAAUCUCCGUAUCUGUUUGUUGCGAAUGCGAUAUACUAUGAAACUGGUCACGGAAGUACACAAAGUAAUUCCAGUGGAUCAUUGGAUGGUUACUAACAGCCUAAAUCUUAAUUGUUGUGAUUUCAGUGUGACAUGUCCUUUAAUUACAUUGCACGUUUACCUCAACUAUGGUCAUGAGUUCAGUGGCAUCAGGAAACAGUUUACUCGCCUUGUUUGUAUCUUGUACAAUACUAUUAAUUAGCCUUUUAGCAUUUGCUUACAAACACAUUGUUUGUUAUAAAUAAUGUGCAGAGCUUUGAGAUAUUUAACUACACUGAAUGUUGACCUAAAUUAUGAUCAUGUGUUCAGUGGUAACAAGAAGCAGUUUGUGCCUCAUAUAGUAACAACGAUUAGCCCAUUAGCUUCUGCUUGCUAACACAGUGCUCGAAUUAUAAAUAAUGUGCACAGCCUUCAGAUAUGUAAUUACAUUGCACAUUCACCUAACUAAUGAUUGUCUGUUCAAUAGUGACAACAAGCAGUUUACUUGAAUUGCUUGUGCCUUGUACAACUAAUUAGCCCGCUAGCUUCUGGUUGCUAACAGUGUUUGUGCAAUUAACAUGACUGUUUUUAUCAAACAUGGUGUCGGAAACCUUGUUAGGGAUGCUUUUUAAUUUUAGAUAAUAGAGGAAAUUCAAGGCUGAAGUCAACUGCCUCGAAAAUUGAGAAAGAAUGUAUAUUAACUUGCACAGAGUGGCAUAAAAUACUGUCAGUAAAGCUCAGGAGAUAAUGUCUGUGAUUUAAAAUAUUUAUUUUUUAAUAAAGCUGUAAACAUGAUGCAGUCUUUCAUAUGUGCGCUAUAAAAUGUGAAUAUUUUUGCAAUGAAAAUGUGUUCAAUCACAAUAAAGUCAGUGAUUUUAAUC